ACAAUAUUACUUUUUAUAUGAUUAUACUUGUAUUAUAUUAUAGGCAUAGAUUCGGCAGUCAUUCGCUAAUGAAAGAAAUGCAUCGAGUAUCGUUUAAUACGAUUUUCGCGAGAGAUCGAGAGAGAUACGAUCGGAUUAAAGUCGGUCAAUUUUCGGCCUUCGUUUGUCAUGGUCGCGCGUCUCGGCGCAAUCGGGUCUGUCAAGAGAGCGAAUACGCAAGCUGUUGAGCGGAAGCUGCGAAGCAGAAGAGGCGGUGGGAAGCUCGGGGACACACGUGGUGACCCAGCGGGUGCACGUGGACCCCGCCACCACCGCACAAGGAUAUGGACAUUAGCAGGAUGAGCUUCAGAAGAUCGUCCCAUACUCGAGUGUCACGCGCCUCCACUUCCGGCAUCAGCAGGUUCUUCAAGCAGUCCAGGCGAAAGCAGUCGGUGAGAAUCAGAAAAUGCAUGUGUCUACCGUCCAAUUACGCUCUUGUGGAGUUUCCCGUCGUCUGGUCCGAGCUCAGGGCUAACCAGCAGCUGUGCGAUGGUGUCAUAAGAUGCCCGAGGGAUCAAGUAUUCCCAGUCCAUCGCGCCAUAUUAUCCGCGGUGAGCCCCUACUUCAAGGCCCUUUUCACCAACAGCCUGAGAGGAAAAACCGAGACCUCAGAAGUCGUCAUCAAUUCCGUGCCCGGUGAAAUUUUCAGUCUGAUCCUCGAUUACGCCUAUACGGGCACCUGCAACAUAAACGCGGACAAUGUUGAGCAACUAUUGCCGGUCGCUGAUCAGUUCGAAGUCCUCGGAAUCGUUCAGCUCUGCUGUCAAUUUUUGUUACAGGAGUUACGACCAGAAAAUUGUUUAGGUAUUUUCAAAUUUGCACGCCACUACUUCUGUCGCGAUCUCGAGAAGCAAGGCCGUAAAUACAUACGUCACCACUUCAAGCAGAUACUGCAGGAGAGCGCGGAAUUCAAGGAUCUCCAUUACGACGAACUAGAAGCAAUAUUGCGCGACGACGAGCUUAAUGUGAAAAACGAGGAGAUCGUGUUUGACGCUGUCAAGACAUGGGUCGAGACUAGUGUCGAGAAGAGACGGAUUUAUUUACCGAGGUUGCUGAAAUGUAUACGUUAUGGUCUCAUGAGUCAUAAGUAUUUCAUUAAUAACAUCUUCAACUGGAAGCUCGUCGAGGAGGAUGAGGCGUGCCAACAAAUACUGCUUCCUGUAAAUACCUAUUUAACCGAGCAAGAUGCAAAGCAGAACAAUGGGGGGGAGAUCGAUCUAAAAAAUCCUCUUGCGAGACCCCGAAUCCCGUAUGAAAUACUCUUUGCGAUCGGUGGAUGGAGCGCUGGUUCGCCCACCAGUUUUGUAGAGACUUACGACACAAGAGCUGACAGAUGGUUUGUAUCAGUGAACACGGAUGUAACACCGAGGACUUAUCAUGGACUGUGCACCCUAAACAAUCUCAUUUACAUGAUCGGUGGAUUCGAUGGUAACGAGCACUUUAGCACGGUGCGAUGCUUCGAUCCGGUGACGAAAGAGUGGCGAGAACGAGCCUGCAUGUACCAUGCCAGAUGUUACGUCAGCGUUUGCACGCACGGCGGCAAGAUUUAUGCGCUCGGCGGAUACAAUGGCCGCACAAGGAUGAGUUCCGGCGAACGAUACGAGCCGCAAAGGAACCAGUGGGAGAUGAUACCAUCGAUGCAUCGGCAACGAUCGGACGCGAGCGCAGCCGCCCUAAACGACAAGAUCUACAUCGUCGGCGGCUUCAACGGCCAGGAGGUUCUCGACUCGGCCGAGGUCUUCGAUGUGGAGACUAAUCAGUGGACCAACAUCCAUUCGAUGAUCAGUCCGCGAUCCGGGGUCUCCCUCGUCGCCUUUCGCGACAGUCUCUAUGCUCUCGGCGGAUUUAGCGGUGUCGCUAGAUUGAGUUCCGGAGAGCGUUAUACUCCAAAUCAUUCCGACCAAUGGCACGAGAUCUCGGAAAUGUUUAGUCCACGCAGCAAUUUUGCCACUGUCAUACUUGACGAUAUGAUUUUCGUCAUCGGCGGUUAUAACGGAUCGAGUACAAUCGCGUACGUCGAAUGUUACGACGCGGAUUAUAACGAAUGGUACGACGCAUCUCCCAUGAAUCUCAGUCGCAGCGCUCUCAGUGCCUGUGUGAUAGCCGGAUUGGCGAACGCGCGAGAGUACUCCUAUCUCGGCAAAGCACGAGAUCUCGGUCAAGGGCAAGCAACAUCGAAGAAUCGGGAAAAGUCUGAUCAAACUGGCGAGGAUUCUAACGAGACUAACAUCAUAAUCUCCGCACAAGAAAAUGGACCGAUCGACGUAAGCGAGUCGGUGCACUGACUCGCAUUGCGGAUCUCACUGACGAUGAUAUCGGAAACUUGUACAAGAAGAAAAACGGAGAUGAUAAGGAGCGUUGCACAAAAGCUCGAUUAAACAUCGUUAAAUUUCAACCGUCACUUGGCACGAGAUCGCGCGUCAUAUUUUACAAAUUUGUAAAUGUCAUUAAGAAAUAAUAUUCUGUAUGUUUGAUGGAGCAAAUAAUAUUUCCACGCUAUAAUCAAUAAUAGAUAAUUAAUAAUAAAUUAUCACAAUUAUAUUAUUUACUCAACUAGAUAUGCAGAAUAUUAUUUCUGCAUAAUAACAUUUGUAAAUUUGAAAAAAACACUGCCGACUCUAAUCAUUCCAAAUUGCGCGAAUGUUGAAAAUGUUGAGAGAAUACGCAGUAGGGGAAAAAUAUCUCUUAGAGGGUUGAAUUCCCGUUAUUCGCGGAUAGAAAAAAAAAGCGAGCGUUUUAAUUGCUACAUCGUUCGAGAAUUAGCCUAAAUGAACUUCUUAAAUUGUACAACGAAAUUCAAUUUGCCGGAAACAGGAGGCAAGCAAACCGGAUUUACUUUAGAGGACGAAAAGAGGGAGGCUCGGAAUCGAAUCGCGUUACGCAUUAGCGUUUUUGUCUCUCUCGUGAUUAAUCGUAAUGCAAAAAUUAUAAUUGACGCGAUUUAUAACGUGUACGCCUUGCACGAGAGGCUUCAACGAUUUUGCGCGCAUUCUCGAUAUUUUUAACUAUAAUUUUUUGUAAGCAAUAUUUUUUUUCACAUAUUUUUUUUAUUUUUUUUAUAAAUCUACUUUUGACUAGUGCUACUCGUAACGAGAAAUUGUGUGACGAGAAUUACACUCGUGACCGAGAAGCGUACAUUGUUAUUUUUUAUGAAUACGUUUUCUAGCCUUACACACACGCGUAUUGCGAUUUUCGUUCGUGAGAUUCAUAAUUUAUAUACCACAAUCUCUAUUAUUUUAAUCGAAUUAAAUCACCUUAUUUACUCAAAUGCUGUCGCUUUUAUUGUACUCUUAUUUUUUUAGCCGUGAUAAAUAUCUCGAAU